GGGGGAAUGGCUGGCAGAAGCCGCCGCUCCUGGCUCAGCGUGUUGCUCGGUCUGGUCCUGGGCUUCGUCCUGGCCUCCCGGCUCAUCCUCCCGCGGGCCUCGGAGCUGAAGAGCGGCGGCCACCGGCGCAAGGCCAGCCUGGAAGGGUGCCGGGGGAAGCUGGCGGGCGGCCUCCUCCAGCGGGACGCCCCGGGGGGCUUGCUGUGGCCCCGCGAGCCCGCCCAGCCCCAAAGCCCCAACCCGCCGGCCAAGAACUUCCUCUUCGUGGGCGUCAUGACGGCUCAGAAGUACCUGCAGAACCGGGCCGUGGCUGUCUACAGAACUUGGUCUGGCACCAUUCCCGGGAAGGUGAUGUUCUUCUCCAGCGAGGGCUCAGACACUUCCCUCCCCAUCCCCAUUGUAUCGUUGCCUGGCGUAGAUGACUCUUACCCUCCCCAGAAGAAGUCGUUUAUGAUGCUCAAGUAUAUGCAUGACCAUUACUUGGACAAGUACGAGUGGUUCAUGAGGGCCGAUGACGACGUUUACGUCAAAGGAGACAAACUGGAGAGUUUCCUUCGGAGUUUGAACAGCAGCGAGCCCCUUUUCCUCGGGCAGACGGGGCUGGGCACCACGGAAGAGAUGGGGAAGCUGGCCCUGGAACCCGGAGAGAAUUUCUGCAUGGGGGGCCCGGGGGUGAUUAUGAGCCGGGAAGUCCUGCGGAGGAUGGUCCCUCACAUUGGAGAAUGCCUUCGAGAGAUGUACACCACCCACGAGGAUGUCGAAAUCGGGAGAUGCGUACGAAGGUUCGCGGGCGUGCAGUGCGUCUGGUCCUAUGAGAUGCAGCAACUCUUUUACGAAAACUACGAGCAGAACAAAAAAGGCUACAUCAGAGAUCUCCGCAAUAGCAAGAUUCACCGAGCAAUCACCUUACACCCCAAUAAGAGUCCGCCCUAUCAGUACAGACUUCACAGUUACAUGUUGAGUCGCAAAAUAGCUGAGCUGCGGUACCGUACCAUCCAGCUGCACCGUGAAAUUGUCCUAAUGAGUAAAUACAGCAGCACUGAAGUCCACAGAGAUGACCUCCAGUUGGGGAUGGCACCCUCCUUCAUGCGCUUCCAGCCGCACCAGCGCGAAGAAGUUUUGGAGUGGGAAUUCCUCACUGGGAAGUAUCUUUAUUCCGCUAUGGAUGGACAGCCACCUCGUCGCGGGAUGGAUUCCUCCCAGCGUGAGGCUUUGGACGACAUUGUUAUGCAAGUGAUGGAGAUGAUUAAUGCCAACGCCAAGACCAGAGGACGGAUCAUUGACUUCAAAGAGAUACAGUAUGGCUAUCGCAGAGUCAACCCAAUGUACGGGGCAGAGUAUGUUCUCGACUUACUGCUCUUGUACAAGAAGCACAAGGGAAAGAAAAUGACUGUUCCAGUCAGGAGGCAUGCGUACUUGCAACAAACCUUCAGCAAAGUCCACUUUAUGGAGGAUGAAGAGAUGGAUGCCAAAGAGUUGGCUAGUAAAAUCAACCAGGAUUCAGGCUCCUUGUCAUUUCUCUCCAAUUCUCUGAAGAUGUUCGUCCCAUUCCAGUUGAGCAAGUCAAAAGCAGAGAAGAAGGAACCCAAAGACAAAAAGAUCAACAUCUUGAUUCCUCUUUCCGGGCGCUUUGAUAUGUUUGCACGAUUCAUGUUGAAUUUUGAGAAGACCUGCCUCAUUCCGAACCAGAAUGUCAAAUUAGUCGUCCUGCUUUUCAACUCAGACUCAAACCCUGACAAGGCAAGGCAGAUUGAACUGAUGAGAGAUUAUCGCAUGAAGUACCCCAAGGCGGACAUGCAGAUCUUGCCCGUGUCUGGCGAAUUCUCUCGAGCGCUGGCUCUAGAAGUCGGAUCCUCUCAGUUUAACAACGACUCCUUGCUGUUCUUUUGCGACAUUGAUUUGGUCUUUACAGCAGAGUUUCUCCAGCGCUGUAGAGCCAACACGGUUUCGGGCCAACAGAUUUAUUUCCCCAUCAUCUUUAGCCAGUACGAUCCAAAGAUUGUUUACAGUGGGAAAGUCCCGAGUGAUAAUCAUUUUGCCUUCACCCAGAAAACAGGCUUCUGGAGGAACUACGGUUUCGGAAUUGCCUGUAUUUACAAGGGUGAUCUCCUCCGAGCGGGAGGCUUUGACGUUUCUAUCCAAGGUUGGGGCCUUGAGGACGUGGACUUGUUCAACAAGGUUAUUCGGGCCGGCCUAAAAACUUUCCGCAGCCAAGAAGUUGGCGUAGUUCACAUACAUCACCCUGUCUUUUGUGACCCUAAUCUUGACCCGAAACAGUACAAAAUGUGUUUGGGGUCCAAAGCAUCCACGUAUGGGUCCACGCAACAGUUAGCAGAGCUGUGGCUUCAGAAACACGAGCUGAGCUUUGGGAAAAGCAGCAAUUCCAACGGUUCCCUAAGGACAGCCUAAUGAUCCAGCUAUGCUGGAGAAAAAACAA